UAAUAUCUUCGUUCGGCGAUUCCUUCUCCUCUUUUCUUUUUCACUGUUACACUCUGAGAACAAGAGUGCAUUAUUUUAUCGGGAAAUUUUUUCACACCGUUUGAACUCGAUUGAGCGCUUUUGGUUGAUUCAGUUCGCGUUAGGGUUUAUGAGGUGGAGAUCUCGCGGAAUGGUGCUGUAGGAUUUGAUCGGUUGGUUCACUGACAAAGCAGUGAUUUUGCUGGUGAUUUCUUUGUUUGCACCUACUUAAUAAAGGUAAAACAUGGCGCAGAGUAAUUGGGAAGCCGAUAAGAUGCUUGAUGUUUAUAUUCAUGAUUAUUUGUUGAAAAGAAAAUUGCUUGCUUCUGCAAAUGCGUUUAUGACGGAAGGGAAGGUUGCUACGGAUCCAGUAGCAAUUGAUGCACCAGGAGGAUUCCUCUUUGAAUGGUGGUCUGUCUUUUGGGACAUAUUCAUUGCAAGGACAAAUGAGAAGCAUUCGGAGGCUGCUGCAGCUUACAUUGAGCAAGUUAAGGCAAGGGAGCAACAACAGCUACAAAUGCAGCAGCUGCAGCUAUUGCAGCAGCGCAGUGCCCAGUUACAGCGCAGGGAUCCUAAUCAUCCUGCCCUUGGUGGUGCUAUAAAUGCUAUAAAUUCUGAGGGAGUCAUGGGGCAACCGUCAGCCAGUGUGCUAGCCAUGAAAAUGUAUGAAGAUCGUAUGAAACACCCUCACCCGAUGGAUUCAGAGGCAUCCCCAACGCUCAUUGAUGCCAGUAGAAUGGCCCUGCUCAAAUCAGCCGCAAAUCCACAAGGCCAGUUGGUACAAGGCAAUUCUGGGAACAUGCCUGCUGGUUUUCAGCAAAUUCAAGCCCGAACUCCUUUAACCACUGACAUCAAAACCGAAGUUGGCUUAGGUACACCUCAGAAAAGUUUGCCUAUGGAUCCUUCAUCAAUUUAUGGACAAGCAAUUUUACAGUCAAAAUCUGGACUGAGCAGUGCAGGAUUGAAUCAAGGUAUUACAGGUCUUCCCUUGAAGGGUUGGCCUCUAACUGGAAUCGACCAAUUACGACCAAAUUUGGGUGUACAAAUGCAGAAGCCAAAUCUUCAGACCCAAAAUCAGCUCCUUUUGGCAUCUCAACAACAACAAGUUUUGGCACAAGCUCAGGCACAAAAUAACCUUCGUAAUUCCACAAAUUACGGAGAUAUGGAUCCUCGCAGAUUUUCUGGACUGCCUAGGGGUAACUUGAAUGCAAAAGAUGGUCAAUCUACCAGAAAUGAUGGAUCUAUGUCCUCUCCAGUUUUAUCAAGUUCACCAAAGAUAAAAAUGGCUCAGAUGCAGCACCCUUCCUCUCAACAACAUGAACAAUUGCCACAGCAGCAACUGCAACAGAAUAACAGAAAAAGGAAACAACACUCUUCCUCUGGACCUGCCAACAGCACUGGCACAGGAAACACUGUUGGCCCUUCACCUAGUUCGCCAACAUCAACUCACACGCCUGGUGAUGGAAUUAACACAGCAAAUAGUAUGCAGCAUGUUAACAGCAUGCCAAAAAGCUUGAUGAUGUAUCCAGAAGGAACAGGACUUCCUUCGUCUUCCAAUUUACUGGAUGACAUUGACCGAUUUGGAGACGUUGGUUCGCUAGAAGAUAAUGUGGAAUCGUUUUUGUCAAAUGAUGGGGGAGACGGGAGGGAUCUGUAUGGGACAUUAAAGCAGAGUCUUAAACAGCACCAUAAAGAUUCCUCUAAAGGUUUUACUUUUGGUGAAGUUGGCUGCAUACGGACCAGAAACAGCAAAGUUACUUGCUGUCACUUUUCUUCGGAUGGGAAGUUGCUGGCAAGUGCAGGACAUGACAAAAAGGUUGUCCUCUGGAACAUGGAUACUCUGCAGACUGAGAGUACUCCCGAAGAACACACGUUAGUUAUCACAGAUGUUCGGUUUAGACCAAAUUCAUCUCAACUGGCAACAGCUUCUUUUGACAAAUCUGUACGAUUGUGGGAUGCAGCCAAUCCAAACUAUUGUUUACAAGCAUAUACGGGGCACAACUCACCUAUUAUGUCCCUUGACUUCCACCCAAAGAAGACUGAUUUAUUUUGUUUCUGUGAUCAUGACAAUGAAAUUCGGUACUGGAAUAUCAACCCAUUCUCUUGUACUCGUAGUUCGAAGGGAGGUACUGCACAAGUGAGGUUUCAGCCAAAAACUGGACAACUACUGGCAGCAGCCUCAGAUAAAUUAGUUUCCAUCUUUGAUGUCGAAACUGACAGACAAAUGCACUCGUUCCAGGGGCACUCUGACGUUGUAAACUUCAUUUGUUGGAAUGCAAAUGGAGAUUAUCUGGCUUCUGUCAGUCAGAACUUGGUGAAGAUUUGGUCGUUAGUUUCGGGAGAUUGUAUUCAGGAGCUCGGCUCUAACGGCAACCAGUUUCAUUCGUGUGUUUUUCACCCAAGUUAUUCAACUCUCUUGGUCAUCGGAGGAAUCUCGUCUUUGGAGCUGUGGAACAUGGCUGAGAACAAGAGCAUGACAAUUGCAGCACACGAGAAUAUAAUCUCGGCUCUGGCGCAGUCACCUGACACUGGAAUGGUUGCGUCGGCAAGCCACGACACCACCGUCAAGUUAUGGAAGUGAAUCGAAGCUUAAAAUCCUCGGAGAGCCUUCUGUGCAGAAAUCUGGAGGGGAGACUGACUCAGAGUCGCAGAUAUGUAGAGUUGAAUGUGCAGUGUUGGAAGUGUAGUAUUUGUAGUAAAUAGAUAUACCAGGGUUUUCCAAGUAAUAAUAUUAUAUGGUAAUUAGAUGAUCCUAAUUAAACCUUGACAAAUAAUGUAGGAGUACGUUUUUUACUAUCGAUGGGUUUAGCUCUUAUCUGUUAA